AUGUGGUUUUGCUCAAUGAAGUGGCUCGACACCAAUAGCUUGAGGGCCUCUGAUGGUGGUGGUGAUGGCGGUGGUGGACGGACGUGGUCUCAAAAGUCCCGCUUUCGGGGUGGACGGAGACGGACGAACCAUUGGACUGCUCGUUCUUCUUUUCCUGAUGUUGCUCUGCACCCCGGAUCGCGAAAUUGGAAGCGUCGCCAGUCUGCUCGAGUCGUCGGAACCCCUGCCCAAAAGGAAACAUGCGACCUGCGGGUUGCUCUCCACCCUGGACCAAACCCCCUGUCAGCAGUGGCGUCCCAAGAAGCUGAGAAAGCGGGUGCCGAGCCCGCCAAGAGAUAG